AUGAUUGAUCAAAGUUUAGUCAAAUGGAUUAAUACAUUUGAAGGUCUUUCAAAUUCAUGUGACUCUUUAUCUGAUUUAUCAGAUGGUGUUAUUUUGUAUGAAAUUGCAAAUCAAAUAUCAUCAAAAUAUUUUGAUUCACCAAUAUCAUCACAAGAUAAUUGGGUUUUAAAGUCUGACAAUAUAAAGACAUUGUUGGCAGCACUUGAUGCAUACUAUAACAAUGAAUUAACAUUGACCAAUCAAGUAGACCAUAUAGAUGCCGAUCAAGUUGCUAAAAAUGAUGAAGAAGAGAUUGUCAAUCUUAUAAAGGUGAUUCUUGGUAUUGCCGUUGAAUGUGAUGACAAGGAGAAAUACAUUGGUGCCAUUAUGAACUUGGAUGCUGAUGUUCAAAACGAUAUGAUGGUUAUCAUUGGUGAAAUUAUGGCUUCACAUCAAAGUCAAAUGGGUAUUGCUGAUAAUAGAACUUCUUUUGAUGAUUCAAAUAAUCAUAGUGAUAUAGAAACAAAAUCAACAAACAAGGAAGAAAUAUUAUUAACAGAUGAAAGAGUUACAAUGUUUCAACAUCAAAUUGAACAAUUGGAAAAAGAAAAGGUUAGAAACAAGGAUGAAAUCGAAGAGAUGAGUAUAGGACUGACUCAAUUAGAGGCAGAAAAGAAGAGUUUAUUAUUGGAAAAGGAGAAUCUUGUUGAACUCUGUACCAACCUUCAACAAACCCUAGUCGAAUCUCAAAAACUACUGGCAGAUCAUAAAGCACAAGCUUCAAUGAAUGUUAUGACUGAUCAUAGAAUUAAAGAAGAAAUACAUAAUUUACAAUUACAAAUUGAAGAUAAAGAUAAAUAUAUUUAUGAUUUAAAGAAAAAGAUUGAAGAAGGAAUAAGACAAAUUAAUGAAAAUAGAGAAUUAAGAGAUGAAAUUGAUAUUUUAAGAGAAAAGGCAAUUACAGCAGAAGCAACAGAAGAGAAAUUAAAAAAAUUCCAACACAAGAUUGAAGAGAUUAAUGAGUUGAAAAAGCAAAUUCGAACAUUGGAAGACAACAAUGACAAUUAUCUACAACAAAUAUUAGACUUGGAAGAGCAAUUAAAAAAGAGUGUAUCAUAUAAAUCACAAAUGGAACAAACCAAACAACAAAUUUUGUCGCUCAAGAUUGAAAAUACAAAGAUGGAGCUUUCAAUCAAAUCCAUCACCGAGGAACGUGACAAGCUCGCUUCGACCGUUUCACAAUAUGAAUUGGAUCAACAAUCACUCACCUCUCAAUUGGAAGGUCAACGUAAAAAAUUACAAGACUUGGAGCAUGACAAGGACUCUAAGCUUUUGGAGGAAAGUUCUUCUGGAGGUGGUGGUGGCGGUUUUGAUCAAAUCAUGGAUUCGUCAACCAAGGAAAGAUUGUUUAGAUUGGAAAGAGAAAAUAAACGUCUCAAAGAAUCCAUUGAAAAGGUACCUGAAUUGGAAAAUCAAUUGGAAGAAGCAAAUACAAUCAAAGAAGAUUUAUUAAAUCAAAUAGUAAUUUUAAAGGCAACUCAAUCUUCCUCUUCACCAUCAACCACUACCUCUACUACUGUUACAGUUGUUGACAAUAAGGAACAUUUGGUUGAAAUUGAAAAACUUAAACAACAAUUGGCAGAUUUGACUACACAACUUGGAUUAAAGAAUCAAUCGUUGGAAGAUUCAGCCAACCAAAACGAUGAACUUAAGAAACAAUUGGUAGAGGUGUUUGCCAAAUCAAAUACUUCCUCCAAUGUCAAUGCUCAAGAGUUGAUCAACCAAGUCAACGAAUUGACUACGGAAAAGGAACGUUUGGAAGGUUACCUCAGAGCCGCCAGAAAGAUGAUCAAAGAUCUCAGAGAGAAAAAUAAGGAUAACCAAAGCAAGGACAUUCAAAUCACAGAAAAGGAAGAUCACAUCUCCAAGCUCGAAGCUACCAUCAAACAAAAGGAUGAUCGUAUCGACCAACUUGUCAGACAGUUACGUGAAGGCAAGGAAUCCUCUCAAAGAGAAUUGAAUCUCAUGUUGACCUCAUUCAUGAAUAUCGGUUUGGAACUUGAAAAGAUGAAAAAUGGACAAUCAUUAACUGAACCAAGAGCUUUUUUAAAUAAGAAAAGAAAUGAUUAA